CUCUUCACAUCCUUCUAAAACCCUAUAAGUACCCACACCCUCUCUUCAUAUAUCUUCAUCUCUCACUCUCUCAAAGACACUGAAUAAAUCCUUAAAACAAACUUUUGAAAGAAAAAAAUGGCUUCAAAGAACUCAGCCUCUAUUGCUCUUUUCUUCGCCCUUAACAUCAUAUUCUUCACCUUAACCGCUGCAACAGAUUGUGGUUGCAACCCAAGUCCUAAGCACAAGCCUGUCCCAAGUCCUAAACCCAAGCCGGUCCCAAGUCCCAAACCCAAGCCGGUCCCAAGUCCUUCAGUACCAAGUCCUUCGGUCCCAAGUCCUAACCCUAGGCCGGUCACGCCUCCGAGAACCCCUGGCUCAUCUGGAAACUGUCCUAUCGAUGCUCUCAGACUCGGUGUAUGUGCGAACGUUUUAAGCAGUCUACUCAACAUUCAAUUGGGUCAGCCAUCAGCUCAACCAUGUUGCUCGCUCAUCCAAGGUUUGGUUGACCUCGACGCUGCCAUUUGUCUUUGCACUGCGCUUAGGGCUAACGUUCUUGGUAUCAACCUUAACGUCCCGAUAUCUCUCAGUGUUCUUCUCAACGUUUGUAACAGAAAGGUUCCGUCUGGCUUCCAAUGUGCUUGAAGGAUAUCAGCUAUGCAUACGAUGUGAUGCCCGUGCACAAAUAUCUUCUUCGAAAUUGUUACAGUAUGAAUAAAUGCAUGUAAGCUAUAGAGUUUAUGUUUUAAAUUUUGAAUUUGUUAAAGUGAAAUAACCAAUGUGUGAGAGUGAGACUUUCUUAGUUUUUUUUUUCCGUCAACGUUCCUGUAUUCCGGUCUUGUAUGCUUUUGUAGCAAUCUAUUACUAUUUUCAACCCGUUUAAUAAAAGAGAUUUUGUACUCAUUUUCAAAUUCUUGCGUUACAAAUUAUAAUUUAAAUCUUUAAAUUGAC